AUGGCCGUGGGCGAUUACAUCCACGCAAAGGAAGCCGAUCAGCUUCACCCAGGCACGAGAGAUGUAUCCAACCAGCAACGUCCGUCAAGGCAGGUCCCAGACGGUAAAACUGGGGUUGGUGUCUCACAGUCAAGAUUCACUGGACCUUACCUAGUGAAUGAUGUUCAACCUCCACAGGAGGAUGCCCAUCACCAGGAGGAGAGGCAGAAAAGCGUGUUUGAUACGGAUGUCGAAGCGGUGGAUGAUUCCACACUCACCGUAACCAGCGUUGCCGAUGUCGAGGAUAACCAAGCUUUUGGUCCUAGCUUUUACGCCCAGCGCCUUUCUCGAAAUUGGAACGGGAGUGUAGACUCCGAUCUUGGUCAUUCUGAUGACUUCAACGCCGAGGAGGACCAGUUACGUUCAAUUGGUUCCCCGGGUGAUGGGGAUGCCGAUGAUGAGAAAACGCAGACGCUGGACUGGAUUUCUUCUCAAGCUUAUCGCUCUGCAGGAGCAGCAGCGACGAGCAGCCGGAGAGAGGAUCCAUCGAGAAUGAUUACCAGGACGCCUUCUCGGAUGGACCCAGACCGGACGGAGGGAGGAAAGGUCACCUCUACUCGCUUUAUCUCUGCUCCUGAUAUGGUGAAGCCCACCAGGUUGCCGUAUAGAAAGCAAAGCCUGGCAACUACUCCCCAGAACCGCUUCAACUUCAAGAAUGAGCGUCCGUAUGAGCGGCUUAUAUAUCAAUCUCCCACUCGUCGGGCCAGUGGACCACGACCACAGCCGCCUAGCCGGCAGAAGUCGACAACUAGUCCCCAGAAAAAGGACCAUAUGAGGCAAGACUCAAGUUCGUCACAUUAUUACGAAGAAAAUCCCAACCGCAGAGCCGGUAGUGUUCUGGAUACAACAGACGACGAAGAUAUCGACGACACCGACAGCCUUGAUAUCCGGAUACCAGAGCCGUCUAAAGCUACCAAGCAAGCUUCACCUUCACGGGGAGAAAACCGGUUCAAACUAGAUUAUCCUCAAGAAGUGCUUCAGAAGAAAUCAUUCUCGGAUCUUGAGAGUGAGCCCUUUGAUUUCAUUCCUGCUCCUCCUACUACUAGUCCAGAGCCAUCAUCUCCACCUCAGUCCAAGCAAGCCCAAACCGCGGCUGAGAAAGUCGCUCAUGUCCAGACGCUAUCGGACGCGGAGCGCCACGCCUACCUCUCCAGCCUAUCCAUUACGGAAUGGGAGGAAUUUGGCGAUCAGCUCAUCACCGAAUUCAGCAACAUGCUGACCAAGAUCAAGAACGCGCGGCAGGCACGUCGCAAGACGGCAGCUUUGUUCGAGGCUGAGAUCAAACGCAGACAUGAACAAAUUCAGAAGAACAACGCUGAUCUUGACAGGAAGCUCGCCGAGAUGAAAGAGGGGGGAUUGGAGGUGUUGCGUGGAGCAGCUCAUUGA